UGACCUGAGUACUGAUCAGUCCUCAACAAACAAUUAAUUAAUUUACCCUUAGGAUGUCUGUUUAAUCACUUGUCACUUUUGUACACAUGAUAAAGACCUUUCACUUUACAGCUGCCUAUAUAUAACAGAAAAAACUUGAAGUGAAAUUACAUUGACAACCAAAAUGGCCAGAACAAAGCAGACAGCAAGAAAGUCGACAGGAGGAAAAGCUCCCAGGAAACAACUGGCCACCAAAGCAGCCAGGAAAAGUGCCCCAUCAACAGGUGGAGUAAAGAAGCCCCAUAGAUACCGACCCGGGACAGUAGCUCUCCGUGAAAUCAGGAGAUAUCAGAAGAGCACAGAACUACUCAUCAGGAAGCUCCCAUUCCAGCGUCUUGUUCGUGAAAUUGCACAGGACUUUAAGACGGACCUGAGAUUUCAGAGUGCUGCUAUCGGGGCCCUGCAGGAGGCCAGUGAGGCUUACCUGGUGGGACUGUUUGAGGACACCAACUUGUGUGCUAUUCAUGCCAAAAGAGUCACAAUCAUGCCAAAGGAUAUCCAACUGGCAAGGCGAAUUAGGGGCGAGAGAGCUUAGUUUGACUGAUAUUAUGGAUCAAUUUUCUCUUGCUUUCUUACUUUUUACAUACAGAAUUUUAUUGAAUGUUUCAUCUCUACUGUAUAAAACAUAAAUAAUAAUACUGAAGUGUUGUUGGUUUUUUUUUGUAUUUGAUCUCAGUAAAACUUGUAUUGGAGUUAUAAAGCUUUAU